AUGCCCAUCGACACCCCAGCGGCUCUUGUGGACGAGUUUAAGAAAACGGGAGAGUUCGAACGUCUGCGCCGAGAACUGCUCGCCCAGUUUCAACAAGAUGAAUCAUACCCGAGCUUUAAAGAGGGAAUUGAGCGUAUUGCGCGCAAGCGAAUGACUAAUGAUCAGGGCAUGCACUUCCAGACCGUCGCGGGGGCUCUCCACGAGCUCAACCAAGAAGUGCAGAGAUACCCGAUAAUUGAACGUGCCGUGGCGAAUGUUCAGCCUAACGCGCCCAUACUGGAGAGUAUGCAACAGACGCUGCAAAAAAUCCUUAACGACGAGAAGAACCCUGGUUCCGCACAGUCCGCACCGAAAGUUGCGCAAAACGGAACAACGACAAGUACAGAAGCCGCUCUAACUGCUGAAACUAAGCCGGAGAACACUGCGCAAGAUCAGGUAGACGGAGAGACUAAGGCUGCCGAUACAGCACCUAUGGUUACCGCUGUUUCCGAGCCGCUGAAUUCUGAAGCUCCCGCUGAAACACCUACGAAUGCUGCCGAUAACCUUGAUGUUACUACCCAAAACACGUCCAGUAGUAAAGAAACAAAUGACCCCCCUAUUGCCCUUCCCGAGCCUAAUGUUAUGAACUCGGAAACUUCCUCUGGUGUCGUUAGCGCCGAAAAAUCUAACGUUAGCAUGGUCGUCGAUGACCAGCCAGAAUCGACAACGAAGGACAUUGAGAUGGAGGAUGUUCAACCGUCAUGA